CCAACAGUCGCUGUUAGUUUUAGCAGAAUGGAUACCGACUUGAUUUUCUCCUCUCGUCGGUCACCUGUGUUGUGUUUACACGGCUGUGCAGCGUCCAGCCAGCCGCUAGCUUCAAGUAUAGGACUGGACAUCCUGAAGCGUGGUGGUAACGCGGCAGAUGCUGCGGUUGCCAUAGCAGCAGCGCUAGCGGUAACAGAGCCCUGCAGCACCGGCCCUGGCGGAGACGCCUUCUGCUUGUUCUACAACGGAAGCACUGGAGACAUCAGAGCGAUCAACGGCAGUGGUCGCUCGCCCAGAGCUCAGACCCUGGACUUCUUGGAAGAACGUGGUUACACUGCAGAGGCACCUCCUUCACCAUUUGAUGCCUUAAACAUCACAGUACCAGGGGCCCCUGCAUGCUGGUGUGAUACUGUACAGCUGUUUGGUAGUCACAAGCUGUCCUUGCAGGAGGUGCUGAGCAGGGCGGCGGAGCUUGCAGAGGUGGGGUUUCCUGUUGCCGAGGUAGCAGCUCACCACUGGGCGCACUGGGCGGCUGCUCUGAGAGAUGCUGGGAAGGAACUAGGUGGAGACCUGCUGAUUGAUGGUCAUGCGCCCAGAUGUGGACAAGUAUUCAGAAACCCUGCCCUAGCCCAGACCCUGAAGGAGCUGGGUGAGCGUGGCAAACCAGCUUUCUACCAGGGCAGAGUGGCCCAAGCCAUCGUCGAUGUCAUCCACCAAAAUGGAGGAAUCAUGACCCUGGAUGACCUCAGCAGCCAUGACAGUGAGGUCAUCACCCCCAUAAGCACAGAAUACAAGGGUGUGCGUCUGUGGGAGACUCCUCCUAACAGUCAGGGAUUGGCUGCCCUGCUGCUACUCAACAUCCUGGAGAACUUCCCUCUCAAAGUUAAAGGCCAUAACAGCUCUGACUACAUCCAUGUGCUGGUGGAGGCGGUGCGCUUGGCAUCAACAGAUGCUCUGCGUUAUCUGGCCGACCCAGACCAUGUGACCAUCCCCCUGGAAACCUUACUGGACAAGAGCUACAGCCAUCAGCGGGCACAGCGCAUCACCAUGGACAGGGCCAUGGAAGAAGUGGAGCCUGGCCUGAUGACAGGAAGUGACACGGUCUAUUUCUGUGUGAUUGACAGUCAGGGUAACGCCUGCUCAUUUGUCAACAGCAACUAUAUGGGCUUUGGAAGUGGGCUGGUCCCUAAGGAUUGUGGAUUCUCACUGCAGAAUCGGGGUGCCAGCUUUUCUCUGCGUCAUAACCACGUUAACUCUGUUGCUGGGGGGAAGAGGCCAUUUCACACCACAAUACCUGCACUUCUCACUGACUGUGCAACCAAAUCACAAAAACCACGACUCCUUGCUGCACUGGGGGUGAUGGGGGCUUUUAUGCAACCGCAAGGACACGUCCAGGUGUUGCUGAACAUGUUGGAGUUUGGGAUGAAUCCUCAACAAGCUUUGGAUGCACCAAGAGUUUAUGUACAGCAUGACUGCACAACUGAUCAGUGGUUGGUUAAUCUGGAGGAGGGGGUCGACCAGCAGGUAGCUGAGGAGCUGAGAAGACGGGGCCACAAAGUCAACUGGCCAAUCACAGGCCACAACAGGUCUCAGUUUGGGCGGGGACAGAUCAUCACAGUGGGGGAUUGGUGGAACUCGUCUGACAAGCAAACCAAUCAUCCAUCCAGGGUGCUGUGGGCGGGAUCAGACCCCAGAGGGGACGGAUGUGCUCAGGGGUACUAGACAUACGUGACCUGCUCUCCUCUUUCCUGUUAAUUGAUCCCAAAGCUUUCUGAAGACAAAUUCCUACAUAUAGGAUGUAAAGCAGAAGCACUUUAAUUAUGUGAUUAUGACAUAAUUCACAGUAAAUGUUAACUUCAUUGAUUAGCUGCUUGAAUUUAUUGCCAGGUAGAAACUUGACAGCAAGUCAGGUUUAUAACACAGUCGAAGCACAGCAUCAUAACCACCUUCACAAAGAUGUUCCUGUUGUAUGUCACAGUUCACAUGCAUUUACUGUGUGUGAUCCGUGACAAACAGUGGCAGCAGAGCAGUGCAUCCGUUUAUAAAGACAAAAGACAAAAAUGUCCCCUAACAUGUUGAAUUAAAACUGCACAGCAUGUUUCAUAGUUAGUUUGUGAUGGAAUCAUUGGCGCCACAGUUAUAGUGACCCUCCAUAUCCUCUUGGUUUCAAACUACUUUUAUAAGCUAGAGAAUAAUUUGUUUGCUCUUUAAUGCACAACAACAAAUCUUUGUGUAACACAAUAUAUUUCAUGCCAAAGAUGGCCUUCCUCAAUUCUAUUAAUACUGAAUAAUAAUCUAAUAAUUAUCUGUUUUAGUCUCUUUAAUUAGUUGCUGCUGAUCUGGUGUUUGCUAGAAGUGUCAAUAAUGUCAUUACAUACAGUAUAUAACCCUCCUUCCUCAAUAAAUGAUACUUGUUUACCAAACAAAUUGAGUUUAGAUAACUUAAGAAUGUCAGAAUGUGACUCAAAUCAGCCAUUUCAUCACUUUCCUACACUUUAAAAUGAAGUAUGUUUGUAUGUGCUGUUAGAAAUGAACUGAUUUAACGGUCUGUAUUUCAAAUGAUCUACAAAAUAU